AUGGUCUGUAUUGCUGGUAUCUUAGAAUAUCUAAGAAUAGACCAGAGGGGAGAAGAGAAGAUGAGAAUAGACCAGAGGGGAGAAGAGAAGAUGAGAAUAGGAGACCAGAGGGCAGAAGAGAAGAUGAGAAUAGAAGACCAGAGAGGAGAAGAGAAGAUGAGAAUAGACCAGAGUGGAGAAGAGAAGAUGAGAAUAGAAGACCAGAGGGGAGAAGAUGAGAUGAGAAUUGACCAGAGGGGAGAAGAGAAGAUGAGAAUAGACCAGAGAGGAAAAGAGAAGAUGAGAAUAGAAGACCAGAGGGGAGAUAAGGGGAUGAGAAUAGAAGACCAGAGGGGAGAAGAGAAGAUGAGAAUAGACCAGAGGGGAGAAGAGAAGAUGAGAAUAGAAGACCAGAGGUGA